GAUGUGAUGACGUCAGUCCCUGGUCUGGCUUGGUGUGGCGCGUUGGGCGUGCGCCGCUGCGGUUCGGCGUGUAGGUCCCAGCGGUUCAGCUGAGGUAGGGACUUGGUGUAGGCCGGAAUGUUACAGGCUGUUGGAGUUGUGGAUGAGGAAGAGGAUCCUGCGGAGGAGGAUUGUCCUGAAUUGGUUCCCACUGAGACGAAGCAAAGCGAGGAGGAAAAGUCUGGGCUUGGCGCCAAGAUCCCAGUCACAAUUAUCACCGGGUAUUUAGGUGCUGGGAAGACAACACUUCUGAACUAUAUUUUGACGGAGCAACAUAGUAAAAGAGCGGUCAUUUUAAAUGAAUUUGGGGAAGGAAGUGCGCUGGAGAAAUCCUUAGCUGUCAGCCAAGGUGGAGAGCUCUAUGAAGAGUGGCUGGAACUUAGAAACGGUUGCCUCUGCUGUUCAGUGAAGGACAAUGGCCUGAAAGCUAUUGAGAAUUUGAUGCAGAACGGGAAAUUUGAUUACAUACUGUUAGAGACCACUGGAUUAGCAGAUCCUGGUGCAGUGGCUUCUAUGUUUUGGGUUGAUGCUGAAUUAGGGAGUGAUAUUUAUCUUGAUGGUAUCAUAACUAUUGUGGAUUCAAAAUAUGGAUUAAAACAUUUAACGGAAGAAAAACCUUAUGGCCUUAUCAAUGAAGCUACUAGGCAAGUUGCUUUGGCAGAUAUAAUUCUCAUCAAUAAAACAGACUUGGUUCCGGAAGAAGAUGUAAAGAAGCUAAGAACAACAAUUAGAUCCAUAAAUGGACUAGGACAAAUCUUAGAAACACAAAGAUCAAGAGUUGAUCUUUCUAAUGUGUUAGAUCUUCACGCCUUUGAUAGUCUCUCUGGAAUAAGUUUGCAGAAAAAACUUCAGCAUAUGCCAGGAACACAACCUCACCUUGAUCAGAGUAUUGUUACAGUCACAUUUGAAGUACAAGGAAAUGCAAAGGAAGAACAACUUAAUGUAUUUAUUCAGAAUCUCCUGUGGGAAAAGACUGUGAGAAACAAGGACAAUCACUGCAUGGAGGUCAUAAGGCUAAAGGGUUUGGUGUCAAUCAAAGACAAACCACAACAAGUGGUUGUCCAGGGUGUCCAUGAGCUCUAUGAUCUGGAAGAGACUCCAGUGAACUGGAAGGAUGACACUGAGAGAACAAAUCGAUUGGUCCUCAUUGGCAGGAAUUUAGAUAAGGAUAUCCUUAAACAGCUAUUUAUAGCUACCGUGACAGAAACAGAAAAGCAGUGGACAACACUUUUCAAAGAAGAUCAGGCUUCCAGCCCAGCCCACCCCAGGCCAGGUGAUCGGCAGCCGCAUCCCCUGCGACCGAAGAACCUGCUCCUCCAUGGACUUGCCAAGAGUUGAGCGCCUUCCCUCCACACUGCAGCGCAGCCUCCGGGACUCGGAUGGGAAAAACGGUAAAAUCAAUGUCCUGAGAGAGGAGGUAGAUGAAGACGAGGAGGAAGACGACGAGGAGGAGGCAAGCCAGCAGUUCCUAGAGCAGCAGCCCCAGCCGGGGCUGCAGGUGGCUCGGCGGGGCGGGGGUUCGCUUCCCAGAGAGCGCAACGAGGGCGGCGGCGGCCGGAGCGAGCCCUCGGACUUUGGCACCAAGUUCAGGAUACCGCCGAGGUAUGCGGCGGCCUCUGGAGACGCCCCGCAGCCGGCAAAGCCCCCCUACUCUUACAUCGCGCUGAUCACCAUGGCCAUCCUGCAGAGCCCGCACAAGCGCCUCACGCUCAGCGGCAUCUGCGCCUUCAUCAGCGGCCGCUUUCCCUACUACCGCCGCAAGUUCCCCGCCUGGCAGAACAGCAUCCGCCACAACCUCUCGCUGAACGACUGCUUCGUCAAGAUCCCCCGCGAGCCGGGCCACCCAGGCAAGGGCAACUACUGGAGCCUGGACCCCGCCUCCCAGGACAUGUUCGACAAUGGCAGCUUUCUCCGGCGCAGGAAGCGUUUCAAGCGCCACCAACCGACCUCGAGAGCCCACCACCUACCCCACCCCUUCCCUCUACCAGCUGCUCCUGCCGCCCUGCACAACCCCCACCCGGGCCUUCUGCUUGGGGCCCCUGCCCCGCCGCAGCUUGUCCCGGGGGCCUACUCCACCGCCGCGCCUGGGAGACGCCGGUGCGCUCUGCUGCACCCGCAUCCUCUUCGCCACCUACUGCUCCCGACCCCCGCCUAUGCAGAGGCACCGGGGAAAGUAAAAGGCGCGGACCUGGUGACCCCUGGCACCCUUUCGGCUCUGCAGCCCUCGCUAGGUCCCCAGCCUUGGGAGGAGGGCAAAUGUCCCGCGCCGCGACCAGAAGGUGGAUGCAUCUCUUUCAGCAUUGAGAGUAUUAUGCAAGGGGUCAGGGGAGGCGGUACAGGGGCUGCGCAGAGUUUGUCCCCGACCCCGUGGAGCUACUGCCACCUGCUGCAGCGCCCAUCAUGCCCAUUGCAUCCCCAGACCGCUGCCCCUUUGCUGCACGUUUCCGCCGCCGCCGCUGCUCGGACAGUUUUGCAGCAACAGCAGCAGCAUCAGGAGGAGGAAGUCUGCGCCGACGGCUGCGCUCCCACCAAGGGCGCGGUGCUGGGAGGGAACCUGUCGGCCGCCUCGGCGCUGCUUAGGUAUCAGGCAGUGGCAGAGGGCUCUAGGCUGACUUCGCUGGCUGUCCCUUUGGGCGGAGAAGGGACCUCACCGGCUUUUUGAGUAGCACCCACGCCCAGUUCCCUGGCCAACUCCGCAGGGCGUUCCAAGAGCUAGGUGGGAGGGCGGAGCGACCUGCAGCUGCUCACUCCACCUUGCGCGACCGAGAUUAGGCCUGUGCAUCUGAAUCGCGCUGCAGAGCAAACACAAACUUCUGUUUGCUGCAAAAUGGUUAGAAAGGAACAGCUGGAUUCCAUUCCUCUAAAGACCACCUGAACGUAAACUUCGGAGGGCGUCAAAUCAUCUUUUCUUGCCUUCAGCUGUGGUUUCCACAGCUUUCCCGAUUUGCACAUUUCCUGGGGAACUAUGAAAGUCAGUGGGGUAUUUUGUUCUGGUAUUAAAAGAAAAACAAGCAAGCAAACAAAAAACACAGUCUCCAACGCCAAACAUGUUCCCCCUUCUUCACUUCCUUGGAACUGGAAGUAUUAUUCCUAAGUGCAAAAUGCUUGUGCCCUCUGUGUCUUCCUGAUAGGGAUGUGUAAUGUAAGUGGGUUGUUAAUUUCAGAACAUUGAUAUCUGUGUGACUGACGUGCCAUCUUUCAUGUUAAAAUUAAGGUAUUAAAAUUAAGCCUAGUUAUAUAGACGAAAUAAAAUGCUAAGUCACUACACUA